AUGGACCCCAACAAUCCUAACAAGGAAUUCAGAUCUACACCCGAGUACGCCGAGUACCAGCGAGAUAACUUCUGGGCGGACAACGAGGGCAGAGUGCCGCCGCUCAACACACAUCCCGAUAAACUCGAAGAGCGCGCAAAGGAAAAGCUCACGGAAGGCGGCUGGUACUACGCCUCUUCCAACGCCGGGUUGUCGACCACGCACCUGGCGAACCGUCAGGCCUUCUACCGCCACCGCAUCAUCCCUCGCAUGCUGGUCGACACCAACAAGCGCGACACGGCCUGGGAGAUCUGGGGACACAAGACGAGCGCCCCGGUUGGCUUCGCGCCCAUCGGCAUCAACAAGAUCUACCACCAUCUGGGAGAGCUUCCGGUCGCCACGGUCGCAAAGGAGCUCAACUUGCCUUACUGCCUGAGCACGGCCGGCUCGACACCGAUCGAGAAGGUUGGUGCUGCCAACGGAGAAGGGCCGCGCUUCUACCAGCUCUACAUGCCCCACGACGACGAGUUGACGGUUUCGCUGUUGCGCCGAGCCCUGGACUCUGGGUUCACGGCUUGCAUUCUGACUGUCGACACGUGGCAGCUCGGCUGGAGACAUGACGAUGUCGCAAACAGCAACUACGCCUUCUACCACGGCAUAGGCCACGACCUAGGUCUAUCCGACCCGGUGUUUCAAAAGAGGCUCGCAGAGGACGGGAUCGACCCCGACAAGGACCCCAACCGCGCUGGAGCCAAGUGGAUCGACAAUGUCUGGCACGGGAGGGCUCACUCGUGGGAGAAGAUGCCCUGGCUCAUCAAGACGUGGAAGGAGAUGAGCGGCGGCAAGCCGUUCGCCGUCAAGGGCAUCCAGAGCGUGGCCGACGCGAGAAAGUGCGUCGAGAUUGGCUGCGAUGGUAUUGUCGUCAGUAACCACGCCGGACGCCAGGUCGACGGGGCUGUCGCCAGUCUCGAUGCCUUGGAGCAGAUCGUAGAUGCGGUCGGCGACAAAAUCUACAUCAUGUUCGACUCGGGCGUGCGCGGCGCGUCGGACGUCUUCAAAGCCCUCGCGCUGGGUGCCAAAUUCGUCUUCGUCGGCAGGCUCUGGGUGUGGGGGCUCAGCAUCAUGGGCGAGCUCGGCGUGAGGCACGUCAUGAAGGGUCUGCUGGCCGACUUGGACAUUCUUCUGAACGUCGCCGGGUACCAGAACAUCGGGCAGAUCCAGGGUAACCGCGAGGCGCUCGAGUCGCUGCCCAAGGCGUAUAGUUUGAUCCAGGAGAGAGCCAAGAUUUGA